AUGAAUUUAGAGCCUUCUUUGGAACCACCUGCAACAACUACUCUUCAUGAGUGUCCGGUUAGCGGUAAUCCUGAACUGAAGCAUGCCGAAGAAAUAUUGGCUUCUCCCGAUGUUGUAACUCCAAACCCUGAGAUUCCUCUCCCUUGUACUUUAGGGGAAACCCCUGUUAUUGAAUCUCUCAAACCGUUGUUAAAAAUUCAAACCCCUGCCACUUUGUGUGCAACUGCUGUAUUCCAACAAAAACUUUUUAGACCGAAUUUGGGAUCUUGCGUGUGUCAAACACUGAUUCUACAUCUUUGA